CGGAGAAGAGAGGCAGCGGCCCGCCCGUGCAUCCCGGGGAGCCCAGACUGAAGAAACUUUGUUUCAUCUCUCACAGUUUCGCUCAGGAAUGCAUUGAAAGGAGCAAAUGCGUCUGCCGCGCGCGCUGACCGGGAGAAAAACCACGGAGCCGACGCUUUUAAAACAACCCCCCCUUUCCUUUUUUUCCCCUUUUCACUGCGUAAAAACGCAUCAGAUUCCUGGACUAUGACCGAAGAACCGUAAAGUUUCUAUGUUUGAUUAGAUUUAGUGUCAUUUUCAAGGCAGCAGGCUGCGUUUCAGCUCGAUGUGGAGGAGAAACCUGGAGGCUGGAGACAUGAACCUUGUUGUCAUAUGCGCGCUUCUGCUGUUAAAAGUUUCUCUUGGAAAUGCCUGUGCCAGUGGCCGGUUUACUGAAUCAGGCCAGUGUUGCAGCCCGUGUCCCGCUGGCUUCGGCGUGGAGGUAGACUGUGGGAAAGAGAAUACGAAAUGCGCACCGUGCCCACAGGGAACUUUUUCUUCGUCCGAAGACCUCAGUCGCUGCCUCCCAUGCGCCAAGUGCCCACGUAGCGUCCCCACCGUGUCCGUGUGCUCGGCCACCCAGGACACGCAAUGCGAAUGCGGCAGCGGCUUCUUCUUCUUCGGCUUCCACGGCGUGUGUGCGCCUUGUUCCAAAUGCAGCCGUGGUCAUGGGGCCACCCGGGAAUGUGGCCUUGAGGGGGACACGGUGUGCCAGGUCUGUGCCCCGGGGACGUUCUCAGAGGAUCUGCUCAGCACCAAACCCUGCCAGACCUGCAGGCGGUGCUCUGACAGUGAGGUGGAGAUCCGCUCCUGUAUGCCCAACUCUGACACACUCUGCAUGGAUAAGAAGCUGCACAUACUCUCUCCCCCGGACGGAGCCGGUGAUGCAGAGGCGGUCAGUCCUUCCACUGGGACGCCCAAGUUUACCCCGCAGGACGAGGGUGGCAGCAACAACAUUGUAGUCUACGUGUCUGUUCUGGCCGCUGUGGUGCUGGGCCUGCUUGUUUAUGUGGCUUAUAAAUGCUGGAGAUCAUGUAAACAGAAGAAAGCUCUCUCUAAGGCCCGGGCAGCUGAGCUGGGAGCGUCUCCAGAAGGUGAAAAGCUACAAAGUGACAGCGGUGUGUUUCUGGACUCUUACGGCGUUCAGGACAACCAGCCGAGCAAAGGCACCAAGAGAGACAGCAAACAAGACAAUCGUCUGUACGUCAACCUCCCCCCUCACCGAAAGGAGGAGGUGGAGCGUCUCCUGCAGGAGGGAGGCGGCCGGGGGUGGAGCCACCUGGGGACGGCGCUGGGCUACGAGCCGGAACAGCUGGACCUGUUUGGGCACGGCGAGGCCCCCGCUCACACGCUGCUGUCUAACUGGGCCCAGAAAGAGGGCUCCACUCUGGGACUGCUGUGCUCCGCGCUGGCCCGCAUCGAGCGGCCCGACGUGGUGACGGCGCUGAACUGCCCCACGCAGGGCGUGUCCGUGGUCUGAGGACGCCGACCGUCACACGGAUAGAUCAGACGCUCUCUCUCUCACAGACCGAACGCCGCCACUGAUGUUUUCUCAUGGCUUUGUUGACUCACGGUUCAGUUUUUUACUAAAGACAAAAGAAACGUUCCUCUUAAACUGUGAUCCAGUUUUGGUUUUCCAUGAAGUCUUCCUGUCACGUCACCACUCGGCACAGACAACGAACGCCACCACUGAAGGAACGACUCGUCGGGAUGAGCAGGGGAUGACCUCCACACACACGCUCGGUUUGCGGCAUUAGGCAAUAUGCCAUGUUACGUGAGUGUUAUUAUUCAGAAAUAACUGUUUACAUCUUGUCUGGACAAAAUUGCGAUCUCUUUUCUGCCCUAUUGAAUACAAUAUAACUUUUGCGUAAUGCUGUAAACAAACAUGGACGUCUUGGGUCACCGCGCUUCGAGCUUGGCUGGCCUCUCUAUGAUUCACAACUAAGGAAACCACUUUGGUAUUGCAGCUGAUUUUUGCCAAAAGAGCUUUUUUUUUGUGUAUGUGUGUGUUUUCUAACAGCGCUGUUGUCCAAUAGAAUGUGACUCUCCCCGGUUUGGGACCAUUUCUGUGCACAUGUGGACAAUUUAGGAAGAAAACUCCAAUAAACCACACAGAAGGGUUACAUGCCAUGUAAUCAGAUUUUAUCCCAAAACAAAACUGCAGGUUAAAUGUUUUUAUUGUCUUGGUCACGCUUGUUUGGCUUUGUAUAUUUCUCUAUAAGAACACUUUAUCUAAUGUGUAGAUAGAAACUGUUCACUAGACUGAUUUUUUUUUAACCAUUAUUGCCUUUUUCUGUUGUUUUUCUUCUUCUUUUGUUCUGCUGGAGCUACUAAGUAGCUGUGGUAUUUAUUCUCACUGAGGACUUGUUAUGCGGUGACGUCCAAAAGAAGCAUUCUGUGAAACACGGAAACACCUUUAUUAGAUCUUUCUAAUAAUCCUCGUGUCAUUAUAAAUAUCUUAAAUGUUGUUAUGGUUUGAUAGAAGGUUUGAAUCGUGAAGGUGAAAGAGUUGGAACAUUUAUAAUGCACAGCCCUAUUUUUAUUUUUUACUUGAAUUUGCCCUUAUUAGAAAAAAAUAAAUUCACACGCUUUCAGUGCCA